AUGCAGUCCACCCGCUUCCUAGCAGCCAAUAUGCUGCGCCCCACACCCACCGCCACAACCACCCUGGGUCUGGUCCGCUCCCGCUUCACCACCCCGAGUCUGCGAGUCCAGCGCUCCUUCCAGACGGCGGGGAAGAGGAUGUCGCCUAUGCCUAAAGAAGAGCACGCCGCCCACACCAUCUCCCAGCGUCUCCGCUCCCUCAAGCGCAUCCCCCCGGAAUUGAUCCCCAUCGGUGUUGUUUUGGCGGUAGCCCUAUUCGCGGCCGGCUAUUCGAUUCUCCGGAAGUUUUGGACGGAUACGACGUUGAGGCUGCAUCGGCAGGGGCCGAAUCAUAACAAGUAG